CCCAACGGUGCGGGCGUGUAGGGGGGGGCGGGGUGCGGAGCCUGCUGCAGUCUCAGUUCGCAGCGCCUCUCUGGGAGGGCGGGAGCUGGUUAGAGCAGCGAUCCCAUUGUGGGUAGGGAGGGAGAGUGGCAGAGGGACUCUGACCCUUGCCCCGCCGAGAGAGAGAAGAGAGUUUGGCCAGCCCACCGGCAAAAGCGUUGUUCCUUAGUCCCAAAGGGCAGGGGUAGAAUGGAGGGGCUUCUAACUCCCAGGGAGUCCGCAAAAUUCAUUGCGGAAAACAGUCGGGAUGUGUUCAUUGACAGCGGAGGUGUGCGGAGAGUGGCUGAGCUGCUGCUCCCCAAGGUCUCCAGUCCGGAGCUGAGCCUGGCGGGCUGGAAGACCCUUCACGAGCUGAACCCCAAGGCGGCCGAUGAGGCCGCGGUCAACUGGGUGUUCGUGACAGACACGCUCAAUUUCUCCUUCUGGUCGGAGCACGACGAGCACAAAUGUCUGGUAGGGUACGGGGGAAAAAUGUACAGUGGAUUCUGGUCCCUGUGCGCCGCGGUCAACAGAGCUCUUGACGAAGGGAUACCAAUAACCAGUGCUUCGUACUAUGCCACGAUGACCCUGGAUCAGGUUCGGCAUGUAUUCCGUUCUGACACCGACGUUCCCAUGCCUUUGUUAGAAGAGAGGCAUCGGAUUCUCAGUGAAACCGGGAAAAUUCUCCUUGAGAAGUUUGAAGGCUCGUUUCUUAAUUGUGUCCGAAAAAGUGAAAAAAGUGCACAGAAGUUAAUGCAUCUGGUAGUUGAAAGCUUUCCCUCUUACAGAGAUGUGACUCAGUUUGAGGGGAAAAAAAUUUCUUUUUAUAAACGGGCCCAAAUCCUCGUGGCAGAUACAUGGAGUGUGUUAGAGGGAAAAGGAGAUGGUUGCUUUAAGGACAUCUCCACUAUCACCAUGUUUGCUGACUAUAGAUUACCUCAGGUUCUUGCUCACCUGGGAGCAAUGAAAUACUCUGAUGAACUACUGGAGAAGCUUCGCAAAGGAGAAAUGCUGUCGAAUGGGCAUAGGCAAGAAGUGGAAAUCAGAGGGUGCUCACUUUGGUGUGUUGAGCUGAUCCGAGAUUGUCUUCUGGAGCUUAUUGAAAAAAGGGGUGAAAAAACUAGUGGAGAGAUCAAUUCAGUUCUUCUGGAUUAUUACUUAUGGGAUUAUGCCCGUGAUCACAGGGAAGAUAUGAAAGGAAUUUCAUUUCAUCGAACACGUUGCAUAUAUUAUUGACCCAAAGUGUAAACUGAUCCAAAGUAAACGCCUUCAUUUUUAUAUCACACAAUCAUUUAUACAAUUUCACUUUGAUAUUAUGAGGUUAAUAUCACUGUUUAUUCAGUCUCACUUAGAACAUUAUUCUUGACAUAUCACUCUGUAUUUCCAGAUUUAUCCUUUUUUGCUCACUUGAUUUUGACUGUAUUUUCCCUUUUUGUUGACAUAUAACAAGAAUGAACUUUAAUGCUUUCUUUAAAUUUCAGAUUUCUGAUAAUCAUACCUUAUGUGAUUCUCUUAAGUGAUAAUAUUUUAUCUAUUCGAUUUGUAUCUUUUCUCAAGGUAUAGUAAUUUUCUAUAUACCUUAAUCAUUGGCGUGGCAGGGUGAGUGGGGGGAAGGGUAGGGCCUUUGCUCUAUAAAUGCUGCUCUUGUAAAAAAUCAAUCUUGACAACUUAUUUUAAACUUUUAAUUGGUAAUGACAGUGGGUGUUUGUACAUGAUUUUCAAUUUAGUAUACCUGUCUGUAUGGUAUUUUCAGAGAAACUAUUAAUAUUUUUUAAUUGAAUAAAUAUUUUUAAAACUCUUAAACCUGGAAUGGAUUAUUUCACUAAAAUAGAAUUUACCAGAUGUAAUUUUAAAGGUUUACAAUGAAUUUGAUGAUUAAUGUUGAGCUCUCAUUACCUGCCAUGCACUUAUUUCCCACCUUCACCCCCACCUUCCUUCUAACAUAAUCUUGAUUUUUGUUAGUUAUCUACCAUGUCAGCUCACUGUGACGGUGUGAAUCAAAAAAAAGGUGUCCUUUCCCCAAGCACUUUACUGCCAUCUGCUGGAAACUUGUCAUAAUAACCUUACAAAUGACAAUGCCUGUGAAUGUGAAUAGGCCCUUCCGGAGUUAUGUACUGCACCACCAAUCUUGUUAGGCAUAUGCUGACCUCCUCUGCAAACCUAUGGCCUCCUGACACCUGCUGCUGAGGCUUCCUGGGAAUUGUCAAACCUAAAUUAUUAUUCAUUGAAGCUUUGUCAGCAGGCCAGUCUGACAUAUCAAUUUACUGUCAUUAAGUGCAACUUUUUUUGAGUUCUAAAAAUGCAACAUAAUUAACAAAUUCACCUUUGGUUUUUUAAAAUUCAAAAUAAUUCCAUUUAAUAACUAAGCAGUGUUUUGCCCCCCUUGACUCCUAAGUUUCAUGAGAGAAGGAAUGCUUUUUGAAGAUGUUUAGACCAAAAAUGGGAGGCACUGAGGCAUUUAAAGCUCAAUUGGAAAAGUUAAACAUAGAAUUACCAUAUGACCCAGCUAUACCCAAAAGAACUGAAAACACAUUAAACAAAUACUUUAUACAUGAACGUUCAUAACAGCAUUAUUCAUAUUAGCCACAACGUGGAAACAACCCACAUUUGAAGCAACUGAUGAAUGGAUAAAUAAAAUAAGGAAAUGUCCAUACAAUCAACAGCGUAUCAUUCAACCAAAGAAAAAUUGAAUAGAAAGGACUGAUAUAUGCUACAACAUGGGCGAACCUGGGAAACAUUUUUU